GUGAUAAGAAUAAUUCGCCUAUAGUUCGACUACAAGUAAGCGAUAAGUGGUGUCAAAGUUGAGAUGGUGUUUAAAUGGGUAAUACAAUAAAUAGGAAGGCGUUGAUAGUCUCCGACCAGUUUCAGUGCGCUCCCCAGAGCGUGCACAGGAGCUGAAUAACUAUAAUUCUUUAAAUAGUACCGGUUCUGGCCAUAAAAAUGCCACCUGUUGCAAUACAAGACGAGGCACCCAAAACCAAGUUGCGGGUAGCAAUCAUAGGCCAAAGCACAUUUGCCGCUGAGGUGUUCAAGCUACUAGUCAAAGAUGGGCAUGAAAUCGUCGGAGUGUUCACAGUCCUGGACAAGGGCAACCGUGAGGACCCUCUUGCCACAAUUGCUGCACAAAACGGAAAACCAGUGUACAAAUACAAGACAUGGAGGGUGAAGGGACAAGUCAUACCGGAAAUCUUAGAGGAAUACAAAACGGUGAAAGCCGACAUCAAUGUGCUGCCGUUCUGCACCCAGUUCAUCCCCAUGGAGGUAAUCAACUACCCCAAAUACCAGAGCAUCUGCUACCACCCCAGCAUACUGCCAAGGCAUAGAGGAGCAUCUUCUAUCAAUUGGACACUAAUAGAGGGCGACACCACCUGCGGUCUGUCCAUCUUCUGGGCCGACGAUGGCCUAGACACCGGCCCGAUCCUGCUGCAGAAAACCUUCCCCGUCACCAUAGAUGACACUGUAGACACCAUUUACAACAAAUACUUGUAUCCCGAAGGUAUAAAGGCGCUGGCAGAGUCAGUGAACAUGGUGGCCAACGGCACGGCGCCCAAAAUUACACAAACGGAGGAGGGCGCCACCUACGACCCCGCGCUCUUCAAGGCGGAAACACAUCAGAUCGACUGGUCCAAAGGCGGCACAGCCCUCCACAACUUCAUUCGCGGCCUAGACUCCUCACCCGGCGCCACCACCUUCAUUCAGCCACAGACCAGAGAAGGCAUAGACUCCUCAAGUGACAGCACUGUGGAGAUCAAGUUCUUCGGCUCCAGUCUGUGGAAGGGGGGAGACGUGGUGGGGGAUAAGUUGGUUAUACCGGGCUUGAAGAAUCCUGCGCUGGUGCAUGAUGGGGGUCUGUUGAUUACUGCUGAUGAUGGAGUCAAGCUGAACAUCCAGCGUCUAAAAGUGAACGGCAAGAUGAUAAACGCGUCCAACUUCUUCAAGGCCGGCGAGAGCAAGGUGGCGCUGGAGUUGACGGCCGAGGAGAAACAGUUCGUCGAGAGCGUCAGAGACGUGUGGAAGGCAAUCCUUAGGAUCGAUAUUGAGAAUGAUACGGACUUCUUUGAUUCUGGAGCAGGUUCAAUGGACGUAGUCAGACUAGUAGAAGAAGUGAAAGACCUAGCCAAAAUAGAGCUUCAAAACGAGGACAUAUACAUGAACACAACCUUCGAAGACUUUUUCAAUAUGGCCGUCGCGAAGGGCCGCGGUGGCUCCGCUACCAAAGAAGUAGUAUACGAAGGCCUAGAAUUAGACGUUAACAAAAUGAAGGUCAAAUUCCCUACGCAAUUAUUUAUCAAUGGGGAGUUCGUUAAUUCUGAUAGUGGGAAGACUUUGACUAUAGUGAACCCUACGGAUGAGACGGUGAUAUGUAAAGUGCAGAGUGCGAGCGAGAGGGAUGUGGAUCGAGCGGUGAAGGCGGCCGCUAAGGCGUUCGAGGAGGGCGAGUGGGCGAAGAUUAGUGCGAGGGAGAGGGGCGCUAUGUUGUUCAAAUUAGCCGACUUAAUGGAGCAACACAAAGAAGAGCUAGCCACCAUAGAAUCCAUAGACUCCGGAGCAGUCUACACCCUAGCCCUCAAAACUCACAUCGGCAUGUCGAUAGAGACGUGGCGCUACUUCGCCGGCUGGUGCGACAAGAUACAGGGCUCCACUAUACCCAUCAACCACGCUAGACCUAACAGAAAUCUGACAAUAACCAAGAAAGAGCCGAUCGGAGUGUGCGCGCUCAUCACACCGUGGAAUUACCCCCUCAUGAUGCUGUCGUGGAAGAUGGCCGCGUGUCUGGCCGCUGGCAACACCGUCGUUAUGAAGCCGGCUGCGGUAUGUCCCCUGACGGCGCUCAAGUUCGCCGAACUAUCAGUCCUAGCCGGCAUUCCCCCUGGCGUCAUCAACAUCUUGCCGGGCAGCGGCGCCGUCUGCGGCCAGGCCUUAGCCGACCAUCCCCUAGUCAGGAAACUAGGGUUCACUGGCAGCACAGAGAUUGGCCAAACCAUCAUGAAGUCGUGCGCCGCGUCCAACAUGAAGAAGGUAUCUCUGGAGCUCGGAGGGAAGUCACCGCUGGUCGUGUUCGAAGACUGCGACUUGGACAAGGCUGUCAGAAAUGGCAUGGGCUCCGUGUUCUUCAACAAGGGCGAGAACUGUAUCGCCGCCGGCCGGCUGUUCAUUGAAGAGACGAUUCACGACGAGUUCCUGCGGCGGGUGGUCGAGGAAACCAGGAAGAUAGCCAUCGGAGACCCGCUCAACAGAGGCACCUCGCACGGACCGCAGAACCAUAAGGCGCACAUGGACAAACUUGUCGAGUUUUGCGAAGCCGGCGUAAAAGAAGGCGCGCGUCUAGUCCUGGGCGGUAAGCGCGUGGACCGGCCCGGCUACUUCUUCCAGCCAACCAUCUUUACUGACGUCACCGACGACAUGUUCAUCGCCAAGGAGGAGUCCUUCGGGCCCAUCAUGAUCAUUAGCAAGUUUAGCAGCAAAAACCUGGACGACGUGAUCCGGCGCGCGAACGCGACCGAGUACGGUCUGGCGUCGGGCGUGUUCACCCGCGACGUGUCGCGCGCGCUGCAGUUCGCGGAGCGCGUGGACGCGGGCACCGUGUUCGUGAACACGUACAACAAGACCGACGUGGCCGCGCCCUUCGGCGGGUUCAAGCAGUCCGGCUUCGGGAAGGACUUAGGUCAAGACGCACUGAACGAGUACCUCAAAACUAAAACUGUUACCAUUGAAUAUUAAAGUUAGUUGACAUUGCAAUCUCAAUCUUACAAUUGUUUGACAUUUAAUUAGUUAUUAAGAUGAUUUGUAUAUAAUAUUUGCAUUUUUGCAUCAUGCCUUUUUGUAAAUUUAAGCCAAAUCGUGACUGUGACAAGUAGAAUAUCUAUUUCAAUAUAGUUGUAUGUUGAA